AUGUCCUCCAUCCUGCCUUUCACUCCUCCCAUCGUCAAGCGGCUCCUGGGCUGGAAGAAAGGGGAGCAGAACGGGCAGGAGGAGAAAUGGUGCGAGAAGGCGGUGAAGAGCCUGGUGAAGAAGCUGAAGAAGACGGGGCAGCUGGACGAGCUGGAGAAGGCGAUCACCACGCAGAACAUCAACACCAAGUGCAUCACCAUCCCCAGGUCGUUAGAUGGCCGCCUGCAAGUGUCUCACCGCAAGGGUCUUCCCCAUGUGAUCUACUGCCGGCUGUGGCGGUGGCCAGACCUUCAUAGCCACCAUGAGCUGCGGGCCAUGGAGAUGUGCGAGUACGCCUUCAACAUGAAGAAGGAUGAAGUCUGUGUGAAUCCUUAUCAUUACCAAAGAGUGGAAACUCCAGUGUUACCUCCAGUGCUGGUGCCUCGGCACACGGAGAUCCCAGCUGAGUUCCCACCGUUAGACGAUUAUAGUCAUUCUAUUCCAGAGAACACUAACUUCCCAGCAGGUAUCGAGCCACAGAGCAACUACAUUCCAGAGACACCUCCUCCAGGCUAUUUGAGUGAGGAUGGAGAAACUAGUGACCACCAGAUGAACCCCAGCAUGGAUGCAGGUUCUCCAAACUUAUCACCAAACCCUAUGUCUCCAGCACACAAUAAUCUGGAUCUGCAGCCUGUUACCUACUGCGAGCCCGCUUUCUGGUGCUCGAUAUCCUACUAUGAACUCAACCAGCGAGUGGGAGAGACUUUCCACGCCUCUCAGCCCUCUAUGACCGUGGAUGGUUUCACUGACCCGUCUAAUUCUGAACGCUUCUGCCUUGGUUUGCUGUCUAACGUGAACAGAAAUGCAGCAGUGGAGCUCACAAGACGACACAUCGGAAGAGGAGUAAGACUCUACUACAUCGGCGGCGAGGUGUUUGCCGAGUGCCUUAGUGACAGUGCCAUUUUUGUCCAGUCUCCCAACUGCAACCAACGCUAUGGCUGGCACCCAGCAACAGUUUGCAAGAUUCCACCAGGAUGUAACUUGAAGAUUUUUAACAACCAGGAAUUCGCCGCUCUCUUGGCUCAGUCUGUGAAUCAGGGCUUCGAAGCUGUGUACCAGCUGACCAGAAUGUGCACCAUCCGAAUGAGCUUUGUCAAGGGAUGGGGAGCAGAAUACAGGCGGCAGACUGUGACCAGUACUCCCUGCUGGAUUGAGCUGCAUCUUAACGGUCCUUUGCAGUGGCUGGACAAGGUCCUUACACAAAUGGGCUCCCCGAGUAUUCGUUGUUCCAGCGUCUCCUAAGGAAACCGUCUCCUGGGGGCGGGUGGGGGGAAGAAAGACUCUGGAAAAUGGAAUUGGCUUAACCCUUAGCAAAAUGCAUAGUGCAUAGUAAACAAAUUCCCGGUUUUUGAAGUGAUGAGAAAAAAAAUCUGCUUAAAAAAAAGAAAAAAAAAGAAAAAGUGGGUUUUCUUUGUCUUGUUUUGGUUUUUUUAAUACCCAUUGAAGCCACUUCCACUGAAACU